GAAUAAGCAUUUAUUAAGUAUCUAUUAUAGGCUGAGUUCUGGGCUAAAUACUUGACAAAUACCUCAUUUGAUAAGAGGUACAUCCAACUCUGGGAGGUAGAUGCUAUUUCUAUCCUUAUAUUACAGUUGAGGAAACUGAGGCAGGCAGAGGUUAAGUGACUGUCCAAGAAUACACACACCUUGUGUAUGAGGCUGGUUUUGACUGAGAGAAAGAGGAGAAGGAAAAGGAAGAGAAAUAAAAUGUACAUAAAGUCUAGUAUGUGCCCGACACUAUGUUAAGCAAUUCACAAUUGAUCCUUAUUUGAUCCCCCAGGAUGCUGAGAGGUAAGUGCUAUAAUUAUUCCCAUAUAGGGACAGCCAGUAGAUAAGAGCACCAGCCCUGAAGUCAGGAGGAUCUGAGUUCAAAUCUGACCCCAGAUACUUCCUAGCUUGUGUGACUCUAGGCAAGUCACUUCACCCCAAUUGCCUCAGCAGAAAAAUAAAAAAAUAUUUAUUUGUAUUUAUUAUCCCUAUUUUCCAAGCAAACAGACGUUAAGGAGGAAGCCGAAAUUUGACUUCGGAUCUUCCUUUCUCCAGCUUGAGAAGUUUGUGAUCUGCACAGUUGGAGAGACACAUAAAGGGAUGAAAUUUGGGAUCCUCCGGGAUCGCCGUAAACUGCCUUGAGACCCAAAGGGCCUGGAUUCUCACGCUGAUCCUGAACAAGGAAAAGGAACCUUUAUCCACUUUCUUCUCGGCUUCCCUGGCCCCAGGGCCAACCCGGACGCUGCGUAUGAAAGAACCAAGAAAGUCGAAGCGGCCUCCAGCUCAGGCAGGAUUUCCCGAGCUCAAGAGCUUCCGAGGGCUUUGUGAUCGCCUAUCUCCGGAGAGACGCCUGAAUGGUCGCCCUAGCAACGCAAACAAAGUCAAAGAAUACUACCUCCGAUAAAUUCAAUUCGUUUUAAAGGGUUCAGAGCGCGCGCCCUCUUUGCCUUUCUUGCAGCAGCUAUUUGCGCAACCCCCAAAGGGCUGAAGCUGUGCUUUUGAGGAGUCACUGUAUCCCGGAGCUGGUGGGUGAGUCCGGGCAUGGGGAACAGCCAGGUUCUUCGGCAGCUGGAAUCUAUAUUGGAUAACAUAGAAGAACCUAUACAUCUUUAGGUGAUCUCUUGAGGAGAAGCAUUGUUAGCAAUUACUUCAAAAUGUCCGGGUUACAAUCUACAUCCCAGAGGACACUGGACAAUGGUGAAGAACCCCAAAAUAAAGUUUUCAACACCAAUUCGUUCCUCAUGGCUAUCGAAUUUCCAGUUAAGUCCGUAGUCCGAAAGGUUGCCUCAGAUGAGGGGGAAAAUCCUUUCCACCUUUCCUCAGACACCGACUUCUUCUUGCUUCGGGAAAAAGAGAGGGAAAAGCAUCAGUUGGAAAGGGAGGCAAAGAAAACCUUGAAAGUCUUUGAGAAGAUGACCUAUUCCUCGAAGAUAGCCGCCAAGGGCACUAACCUUCGGAGACAGCUACAAAAGGAAGAUAACUUGGACGAACAAGCUCUGCAGGCUGAGGCCCAGCAUUUCCGAGACCUUCGAGACAGUGCCACUUGGAAAAUUGCUGUCACCAAAGAUAAAAGAAUUGAGAGAGAGAGCUUGGCCACUUACAUCGAAAAGAAUCGAAAAAUGUUUCUGAUCCAGUAUGCCCUGGAAAUGAAGAAAGAGGAGAUCCUGAGACUGGAAAUGUUGGCCACCAAGGAAGAGAUGAAGCUGAAGAAGGCAGAAAAAUUCCUAGAGAAAGACGCGACUCUGUUUGAUGAGUUCCUGAAGGAGAACGAUAAGAACUCCGUGCAGGCCAUGAGAACGGCGGAAAAGGAAGCCAAAGCAAAGAUAGAGAAGAUCGCUGAAAUCCGAGAGAUCACAGCACAAAUCUUAAUGAUUAAAAGUGAAAUCUCCAAGUUUGAAGACAACGUCCAGAUUUACAAACUCUAUAAGGAGUUCCUCUAUAAGCUGUCCCCCAAGGAGUGGUUGAUGACCCAUGCCAAGAAGUUUUUGGCCCGUGCUGCUGCCGCGAUGGCCUCAAGCCCUCGCAAAGAUAGUAUUCCAUUUUUGUCCUUGGAUAGAGAUUGGAUCAAGAAACUCACCCCAGCCAUCUCCCCUUCAAACUUCCCCCCAGCCUCCCUGAGUGAGAUGAUAAUUAACAAGGAGGACAAAUCCUCCCCAACACCAUCAUCAUCCCAGGAUUUACAGCCUCUGUUCAAAAUCAGUUCCACGAAAAAAGGGUCCCCUCCGCAGUCCUCUGCCAGAAGCGAUGAAACUGAAAGUGAUGAUGAGCUGGACCUGUACUUCACAGACCCCCAACAGCUGCUGGAAAUUUUCACUCAGCUGGAGGAACAGAACCUCUCUCUGAUUCAGAACUCCCAGGAGAUAGAGGAAACCCUGGAUGAGAUCGACAUUUCCCUGAGAAGCACUCGGAACAAAAUGGAUCGGGAAAUCAACCAGCUUAAGCUACUGUCAAAUUCCCUGAUGAACUCCAUAGCGAAGGAAGAGGAGAUUGCUGCAGAUCUGCAACUCAAAUCUCGUGUCUUCUCUUUUGGCAAGUAUAAGGUUGAUUACCAGAACAAUAUGUUGGCCAGCCUGAACAAAAAGGUGAUAGAAGUUUACCACCACUGCACUGGGGACUGUGAGUCCAGCCUGAGCACCUUGCAGAUGCUCACCAUUAUUGAGGAACAGCUAGACGAUCUCUUAGAGAAUCUGGAGAAGAUCCCAGCGUGGAAGAUUGAGCAGAUCGAGAAGAUCAAAGAAAAGGAGAGAAGGUUGAGAUUGAGGGAAGAGAAACUAAAAGUGCUUCAAAGUCUUCACGAGGAGCGGCUCCAGAGAGCCCUGGCCAGAGCCCAGGCAUCAAUCAAGAAAAAGACAGGCAGGAGGCUCAUGUUCCGCUCAGAGCCUGUGGACCACAAAGUCCGGGGCGAGGACACCAAUCGCAUGGACAACAAGGAGAAGGAAGAAAUGCUCUUCUUCUUCACUUAGCUCACACGCACACGCACAUGCACACGCACUCCCAUGGAGUUGGCUGAACACUUGUAAGAGAUGUAAACAAUCGAAGCAAACAGACUGCACUGGUUUACUUGUAUGUUUUAGAGUCGCUCCAACCCCCUUUCCCAGUGUCCCCGGACACACGUUCUUUCUGUGCUUGUAUUUAAACUAAAAUAAAAGUCCAUGCUCCUUUUGGUUGUGCAAGGAGGCCCCUUUAAAGAAGCCGAGAUUCUGUUAUAAAGUCUGGGGUCCUUUCUUCCUCCUCUGUAAUAAAGCCACCAUUUCCUAAGCAUUCUGUAAAAGCAGCGAGGAAAGAACAGAAAUGAUGCCUUAAGCUACAACUAUUCAAGGAGGAAAGGCAUCAGAGGAAGAGUCAAUGAAUAGGAAAGAUUCCCGAUUCUGGGCAGAUAUAUUUUCAAGCCCCAAGAGUCAUAGUUCCUUGUACUGUCAUGUAAAACUGCAAGUGCAAGACCAUUUUUUAAAAAGGCUUUAUUAAUUCAUCUGCACUAGGGGCUAUGUCCAUUGCCAGCAAUGAACCUCAAAGCCAAGAAAAAUCUGACCACUAGCAAUACGUGUCCCAUGUUAGCAACAUACACCCAUCCUGUAAGCCACAGCCACAAGCCUACUAAGGGGAGCAUCCUGACAGGGCACGAAGGAGCCCCGGCUCGUAGAGGAGAGGGAGCAGGAUGCUCUCUGGCCACACCGGCAGCGGCCAGCGGCCAGGGAGGCAACACGGAGUGCCUAUAAGGAGGAGGUGCACGAGGGCGACAGCCCCACCUGGAACUGGCUCAGAGAGGGUUUCGGGAAGUGCUGACAGCAGAGCAGAUGAGGACUCGCAGUGGAUUGCUGGAAUUGCUCCAAAGAGCACAAUUCUAAAAAUUCAAGAAAUGCAGAGUAGGAGGAAUCUGUAUUCCUUUCAGUUCCGAGAAACAAAACAGCAUCUUUACACAAGCAUAGACUUCCAAAGGCACAAGAAAAAAAAAGCAUUUCUGAACGACCCUGUGUGAAUUCCGUAACUGUAAAUAACAAAUAAAUAUGUGCAAGGUUAUAAAUUCAUGUCCUUUUGUAUGACAAGGCUUCCUUUGUAAAAAAUACUAUUUAUACAUAAUAUACAAAGCAUAUCUUUAGACCUCACAACAGGAA